AUGCUCAGAUUAUCCUCAGAUUCCUCCUCAGAUUAUCCUCAAACUCCUCAGACUACUCCUCGGUCUAAUCCUCAGACUCCUCCUCAGAUUAUCCUCAAACUCCUCCUCAGAUUAUCCUCAGACUCCUCCUCAGAUUAUCCUCAAACUCCUCCUCAGAUUAUCCUCAGACUCCUCCUCAGACUACUCCUCAAACUCCUCAGAUUAUCCUCAAACUCCUCAGACUACUCCUCAAACUCCUCAGAUUAUCCUCAAACUCCUCAAACUACUCCUCAGACUACUCCUCAAACUCCUCAGAUUAUCAUCAAACUCCUCAGACUACUCCUCGGUCUAAUCCUCAGACUCCUCCUCAGAUUAUCACUUUACAUAUAUAUAUCGAUAACUAAAUAA